UGCGGUGCUCUGCUGGAUACGGAAGUAGCGUGUUUGUCCUGUAGGCUGCUUUCGUAGAUGUUAGCUGUGCGAAGCUUUCUUAAUUUUUUUAGUACGUUUUCUGUCUAGUGAUGCCUGGAAGAGCGUGUUGUGUGGUUGGCUGUUUUAACAACAGCAAAAAAAUACAAGCCUGGAAUACAACCGUUUGUGAAAUUCACAAACCUUUGUUGCACAUUGACUGCCCAUGUUUACGGCCAUACGGACUACACAGAGUUCCUGGUCGAGCGGAGGACCAAGAUAUGCGUCAAAAGUGGAUGAAACACAUAAACCGAGAUGGCUUCAAGCCGAACAAGAAUACUGUGGUUUGUGGAAUACAUUUUCCUGACGGACAACCAACAAGAGAAAACCCAUAUCCUGUGUUGUUCAUGGGUUAUGAAUGUCGUGUAACACCAGCUAGACCUCCCCCCAAAAGAAGAUGUCUUCAGCCAUUACACCGGAAGUCAACUACUCAACCUGAAGCUAUGGAAACAGAAGAGGAUGUUGGAAAUUUGGAGAAUAUGCCUCUGCAGACAUGUGAUGUCGGAACCCAGUGGCCAGAUCACAUAGAGCACAACUACAGUUUCAACUGUGGUAACAAGCAGAUGAAGGACAGUGGCACUCAAACAGAUCCAAUACUGUCAGUAUCGGCACAUAAUUUAAAUAACAAAGACUUUAUAUUUUAUACAGGCUUAUGUGCUGACAGUUUCUGGCAACUUUUGCAAGUCUUGUUGACUUAUUGCUCACAACCACUUAAUUCCAAAUUGGCCGUCCAUGAACAAAUUUUGCUUGUUUUAAUGAGACUCCGUUUGGGUUUAUUGUUUACUGACUUGGGUAAACGAUUUGGGGUGAGUCGAAGCACGGCAUCUGAGAUAUUUACAUUUUGGAGACCAAUCCUUGCAAGAUUCAUGAGGGAAAAGGUGAUUGCUUGGUUGCCCAGGGAUACGCUGAGCAGAAUCAGGCCCAAGACAUUUCACAAAAACUAUCCUAAAGCCACAUGCAUCAUUGACUGUACAGAGGUCUUUGUACAAAGGCCAAAGAACUUAAGAAAAAGAUCACAAACUUAUAGCAAUUACAAACAUCAUAACACAUACAAACUGCUAUACUGUAUAGCCCCCAAUGGUUAUGUCAUGUUUGUAUCAAAGCUUUUUGGUGGAAGGGCCAGUGAUAAUUUUAUUACAAAGAAUAGUGGUUUUGUUCAUCACCUGAUCCCAGGUGAUGAGAUUUUAGCAGAUCGUGGAUUCACCAUCAUGGAUAUAUUGCCUCCAGGAGUGAGUCUAGCUCUUCCUGCAUUCACACGUGGACGUAAGGAGCUGUCUGAACAUGAGGUGACAUCCACACGUCGCCUAGCUAAUGUCAGGAUCCACAUUGAACGUGCAAUUCGAAGACUAAAGGGUUUCAAGAUUUUGUGUAAUGUUAUGUCUGGUAGGUUGCAAAGUGUUGAUGAGAUUGUAAGUAUUUGUGCAGGGUUAUGUAAUUUGCAACCUCAGUUAAUCCGUAACAGUACUGAAUGAAAAAGAAAUACCUGAAAUGGAUGUGUGUGUCUGUGUCAUGGGCUAAGCUGUCAUGGGAAAGUGUGAGUGUGAUAUGGUUAAUUUUGUAUAGAUUAUGUCCUUAGGUUUAAGAUGGUCACGGUACACCAAAUAUUAAUUUCAUUGCAUUAAUUAAUUUUGUAUUUCAACAGAAAAAUCUAACAAACUAACAAUUUCAGACAGCAAUUGUAAAUGGUUACAAUGUACCUUUGUAAACAGUGAACAAAUGUUAAACAUUUCAGAUGUGUAUUUAGUUGCCAUAACAAUGCAAUGCAUAUAGUUAAAAUGUGCAGUUGUAAACUGUGAACAAAUGUUGAACUCUUGAUAUGUGUAUUACCGCUAAGUUGUAAUUGGAAAGCUCAUUAAAGUGUAAUAGCUACUUCAGUCCACAAAUUGUCAUGACCCCGUGUGCAAUUCUUGUUGCUACUGCUGGUAGCAGAUGCUGAAAGUACACCCUCUUCAGGUGGCAGAUUUUGUUCAUUGUCCACUCCUUGUUGUAGGGUACAUCUAUGAUCACAUGUUCAUUUGGGGUCCACACCAUAAACUGACAGUUCCUUUUUUUUGCACAGUGC